AAUCUCCUAAGAUCUUGUUCUUCCAAGAAAUGGGUGUUUCAAAUCACAGCCUUGUCUUCUUCUUUUGCUUCAUUUUGUGUUCAUUUGUGAUUCCUGAGCUGGUAUUUGCAGGCGUAACCAGACAUUACAACUUUGAAAUUAGAUUGCAAAAUGUGACACGUUUGUGCCAUACAAAGAGCAUGGUGACAGUGAAUGGCAAGUUUCCUGGACCUCGUAUUUUUGCUAGAGAGGGUGACCGUUUACUUAUCAAAGUGGUUAACCAUGUCUCCAACAACAUAUCUAUUCAUUGGCAUGGGAUACGACAACUUAGAUCAGGUUGGGCUGAUGGACCAGCAUACAUAACUCAAUGUCCAAUUCAAAGUGGUCAAAGUUAUGUGUAUAAUUACACCAUUGUUGGGCAAAGAGGAACUCUAUUUUGGCAUGCUCACAUUUCUUGGCUACGAUCAACACUCUAUGGACCUAUAAUCAUUCUUCCUAAACAUGGAGUUCCUUAUCCAUUUCCCAAACCCCACAAAGAGUUCCCAAUCAUCUUUGGGGAGUGGUGGAAUGCGGAUACUGAAGCGGUUAUUAGCCAAGCUCUGCAAACGGGUGGAGGUCCGAAUGUAUCUGAUGCCUAUACAAUGAAUGGUCUUCCCGGACCUUUGUAUAAUUGCUCCGCUAAAGAAACAUUAAAGCUAAAAGUGAAGCCAGGAAAAACAUAUCUUCUACGUCUAAUCAACGCAGCAUUAAACGACGAACUCUUCUUCAGCAUAGCAAACCACACCCUCACAAUAGUCGAUGUGGAUGCCAUUUACAUCAAACCCUUCAAAACCAACACUCUUUUAAUAGCACCAGGACAGACCACAAACCUCCUCCUCCACACCAAAUCCCACUUCCCAAACGCCUCAUUUUUAAUGCUAGCACGACCAUACGUAACAGGUCAAGGAACAUUCGACAACUCCACCGUUGCAGGAAUCCUAGAAUACCAAACCUUAAAACACCAAAAAAACCUACCACUUUUCAAACCAAAUCUUCCCGCUCUAAACGACACUUCUUUCGCUACAAAUUACACCAAAAAACUUAGAAGCUUAGCCAACUUCGAGUUUCCCGCCAAUGUUCCUCAAAAAAUUGACAAAAAUUUUUUCUUCACGGUCGGGCUCGGGACAAACCCUUGUAACCAAAAGAACCAAACAUGUCAAGGACCAAAUGGAACAAUGUUUGCAGCCUCAAUAAACAAUGUUUCUUUUGUAAUGCCAAAUACAGCCAUUCUUCAAGCUCAUUACAAAGGGCAAUCUAAUGGGGUUUAUGUCCCAUUUUUUCCAAAUGAUCCUUUGAUUCCUUUUAAUUACACUGGUAGCCCUCCAAACAAUACUAUGGUUAGUAAUGGGACAAAGUUGGUCGUGUUGCCUUUUAAUACAAGCGUGGAGUUGAUAAUGCAAGAUACAAGUAUUCUUGGAGCUGAAAGUCACCCUCUUCAUUUGCAUGGCUUUAAUUUUUUUGUGGUUGGACAAGGAUUUGGGAACUUUGAUCCUAAUAAAGACCCUGCAAAUUUCAACCUUGUUGAUCCCAUUGAAAGGAACACGGUCGGUGUGCCAUCGGGAGGAUGGGUUGCUAUUCGGUUUCUCGCUGAUAACCCAGGAGUAUGGUUCAUGCAUUGUCACUUAGAGGUACACACAAGUUGGGGCUUAAAAAUGGCUUGGUUGGUAUUGGAUGGAAAGCUCCCUAAUCAGAAGCUCUUGCCUCCACCAGCUGAUCUUCCCAAAUGUUGAAACCAAUAACCAACAUUUCUUUGCUGUUGUUCUUGUUCUUGUUCUGUUUUUUUGUUUUGUCUUAGAUUGUUUUUUUUGUUUGGAAAAUCCUGUCUUUAAAUUAUCUUUUUGCCCUUAUAUCAAUGAGGAUAAGAUGUGUGGAAGAAGAGUGUUGUAGCAAUUUGUGAUGUGCUAAAAUGGCAAUUUUAUUGCUUCGA